GGGUUGAAGACAGCGGGGAGCAGUGGAUGACUCCCCCAGGUCUGCAGCAGCUCGCCAGCUCAGCGCUUCAGCGUCGGUGGUAGGGAAUAAAACCUGAAGUGCCAGUAUAAUAGGAAGGAGAAGCCUGAGGAAAAAAAAGUACUUGAAAGACAUCGGGGUGGUGAUAGAGCGUGGGCUGGGCUGGAGCUGGAUUGCAACCUAGCAGAAAAAGCCAGACCCAGUCACGCCGGGUUCCCCGGUGAGACCCAGCUGGAAGCAGAGAGGGGUUGAACAUCGCAAGUGCCAUGCGGGGCAGCUGGCAGUCCUCACGGCUACUGGAAAAAUCGACACGGCUGGGAGAUAAAAAGUGCAGCUUGGGACUCCAAGGUGCAGAGACCUUAUCUGCAAGCAGAGAUUAGAGCAAGAGUCAGUAAUGAUGAAUGGCUCCGACCUCGCCAGUACGACGGCAUCCAGUCCCAAAUCCAAAGAGGACCAAGUAGUGAAUGGCCACGAUGAAAAGGAAAACAACCCCUUUGCAGAGUACAUGUGGAUGGAGAACGAAGAAGACUUCAACAGACAGGUGGAGGAGGAGCUGCAGGAGCAGGAGUUUCUCGACCGCUGCUUCCAGGAGAUGCUGGAGGAAGAAGACCAGGACUGGUUCAUUCCAUCGCGCGACCUGCCCCAGGGCGUGGGGCAGCUGCAGCAGCAGCUGAAUGGGCUCUCCAUUGGCGACGGCCACAGUUCAGAGGACAUUCUGAGCAAAAGCAACUUGAAUCCAGAUGCCAAGGAGUUUGUGCCCGGCGUGAAGUACUGACCGUCAAGGCAGGCUUUGGAAAGACUGUGUCCCUGCUCCGGGGGAAGGUGGCGGGGGGGAAGGAGGGAGGGGAUCGGCCCCCGGCUGGACUCUGCGCCGUAGUGGAGUUGCUGCAACGUGGCGAAAUCUUGCUCUACGCUUCAAGUACCUUUUUUUUUUCUUCCCCCUCCCCCUUUUUUUUUUAAUUUUUCCUUUGUAUCGUCUAUCACCCAUUUUUGGCAGUUUUUGCUUUUUAGGACUUGCGGUCCUUAGGUCUGUCCUGGAGUCCAGCACUCCCCCUGCUUCAGAGGCCCAUUUCAAUGCGUGCGUCAAACCUGCUAGUGGAAAAGUCAUGUUUUCUUGUUUAAGUAGAAUUCGUAGGGAACCCCCUGCCUGCCUGCUCCCGCCCUGGGAUGCAGCGAGCCUGGGCCAGGAGCUGCGCUGGCUUUCCCUGUUAAACAGGAUUUCUUUCACUAAAGGAGAAGCGAAGUGUAACAAGACUGUAAACCCUAAAUUCCUCUAAGCAGCAGCCUGCCCCAGCUCUCCAAUAGGUGCUGAACACUAACUCAUAUGCUUCUCUGCUGGUAGGUAAGAGUCCUGCCUGCUUAAUCAGUUGAGGGAGCUCUUAGGGGAGACCAGACCUGUCAGGCAUCACCCAGCUGUCCAUCCCAAGGGAAGGGCUGCUUCUACAAAACACGUCUUCUCCUUAAAGAAUUUUUCUCCCCAACUCUUGAGCUUAUCCAGCACUACGGGCUGCGACUCUGAAGCAUCCGUACCUUUAUUUCUCAUCAAAAUAAAUCCAAGAAAAACUGAAUAGAGACCAUUCUCAGGCAUGUGGCAGAGUGGAGCAGUGAGGAGUUGGUGUCAAGCAGCCUCCCUGGGAGAAGGAUCCUCUGUCAGGAUGAGUCUGAGCCCCAAGGAGCACCCACAGGUGUAGAUAGAGAGGGUGAUGGGCAGCGUCUUCGUGCUGGUCCUUGCGAUCCCCUUUGCCGAGGCUUUGGUGGCGGGUGGCAUUCAAGGCAAAGCUGCCGGAGCGGCUGUUGGUGAGCAGGAUCCGUGCCUCCGUCGGGUGAACUUGCUCUUGGGGACCUCCUUCCCCAUCGCCAGGAGCUGGCUGGGCUUCAGCUCCGUAAACCACGGCCCCGGGCGCUUCUGGUAUUUUAAAUCCUGUGCUUAGUGGGCUCCUUUGGAGAGCCAGGGUCAGAAAUCUGUAUCCAGAGAAAGCAGGAGCUUCUCGGUGAGGUGCAUAGCCUAACGAUUAAAAUAGUUACUGGCUCGACUAACGCGGACGGGAGCUUUUGCUCAUCCGUGUAAAUCUUACCUCCCGGGUGCAGUUGCUUCCAGUAUUCCCUUUACUUAAACGGAGUAGUUAAUGGAGGGGGAUUACAGAUCCCUGCGGGGUUUGCAGAGAUGGAAGCUAAUGGCCACUCAAUAGCUGAGGGCUUGCUCUGUCUCCAUUAGCUCGGCACAGCAAAGCCGGCGGCCGCAGCUCAGCAGGAGGGCCUGGGGUUAUUGGACCACAAACACUAACGGCGAGCGGAGGUUUGAGCUGAUUUAACUCAGCUGCUCUCUGUACAGUCUGCUCCAUAACUCAACAGAUCUCCCGUCUCUGGCUGCUGGUUUUAAAACCAGCACUAAACCCUGACACUACCGCAGCUGGAGCCGGCAGCCUGUUGAAGGUGCCUGUCUAAAUAGGUGCCCAUCUUACACAUUGCUGCCCAGAGGUAUGGGUUGGUUUGGGUUGAGUUCUCCUGUUUCCCGGUACAGCCUGUGCCUUCAGCCCCUGCGCGGUUGCCUCCAGCUGCCGGAGGGUCCCUCUGCUCCGCGGCCGGAGCUCAGGCUGUGCCCAGGGCUUUGCAGGACAUGAUCCGGGGCACGGGGAAGGGCAGCUGUACGCUGGGCAAAUUUCUUUUGUAGCCGUAGUGCAGUUUUCCCCCCACCCUUUCUCUGGUUUCUAUUUGAUUUCUUACCAAAAAAAAAAAAACUAACCAACCAACAAACCCCACCCUCUGACACGCUGUAAAUUUCAGACAAUGCGUUAUUAAAAAUAAACUUUUUUUGGAACUGA